UCCCCGUAAACCUGCUGGAACUACAUUUCCCAGAAUGGUUUUCGGGAAGUCGUCCAGUAGCUGGGGAAGCUGCGAGUUGUUUGCUAGCAACGGUCGCUGCGGCUCCCGAUAAUGUAGCACGCUAAGCUAGCUCAAAAUCUGGCGAACUGAGAAAGUAUAUUUACAGAUUGAAGCAUGUCGGCGAUCUCGUUACUUGACGAGAGUGCUGAGGAAGUUCCUGUGAGAGACCAACCUUUAAACCCCAGUGGAGCAUGCAUGCUAGAAUCCCAUAAUGCCCGAGCCAGACAAGCUGUGGCCAAGGUCAGCAGAGAGGAGCUUGAAGACCGCUAUCUCCGUUUGCAGGAUGAAAACCUCCUGCUCAAACAACACACGCACAAACAAGAGGACAAGAUCAAGAGAAUGGCCACCAAGCUGAUCCGCUUGGUAAAGGACCGUAAGAGGGUAGAGCAGAUGACUUCAGCAGGUCGUGCGGUAGGUGGUCGGGAUGUUGAGAUGGAAGAAAUGAUGGAGGAGCUCCAAGAGAAGGUCCAGGAACUGGAGAAGCAAAAUGAGGGGCUCAAGCAACGUCUGCUCAUAGCAAAACAUCAACUUCAGACCCAGAGUCACAGACCAACGCCCUAUAGUCACGUUCAAUCUCGCAUUAAUUCCGGCCUCCGCAGACUUAGGCAAGACACACCUCCGCUGUCUCAGCGGCCUCUUACUCCAAGAGGAGUAGGAUCCAGACAUGUGGAGGGGGAAAUCAGCAGCAAGCCACCACAGGGCCAUUUGCCCCGUUACGGACACAGUCUGUUGGAUGAGGCUCGCUCAGAGAUCCGCAAUUUGGAGAAUGUGAUCGAAAGCCAGAGGGCUCAGAUAGAAGAGAUGGAGAGAUCAGCGGAGAUGUUGAGAGACCAGUUGAGGAGUAAAGAGAGAGAAUAUGAGGAGUCUCUUCACCACAUUAAAGAACAGCAGGCCAGUGGUCAAAGGUCAACCAUUAAAGAAAAUGUGGAGAUGAUAAAGCUGCAGAAGCAACUGACUGAGAAAGGAAACGCAUUCAUUGUGCUGGAGGGAAGAUUCCUUCAACUACAAGAGAGCCAGAAAACUAUGAAAGCCAGCCAUGAUGCAGCAAUGGCUAAAGUGGAUGAGCUCACUGGGCAGCUAAAAGAAGAGAGGCUGAAAAGUGUGGGCCUAGAAAGCCAACUGCACAUUAAAACACUGGAAGAAAGGAGGACUGGUGAGUUACUUAUGCGAAUUCAAGAUUUGGAGAAGGAGAGAGACUUGCUCAAAGAGAACUGUGAUAAGUUAAUCAGCAGUGCAUUUGAUGUUAGCCAGGAACAGAAGUGGAAGACGAAAGAACAGCAGCUCAAACUGCAGAUUGCUCAGUUAGAAAUGGCACUGAAAUCUGAUCUCACUGAUAAAAACCAAAUCUUGGACAAGAUUAAGGCAGAGAGAGAUUUGAAUGAGAACUUGAUGCAAGAAAACAAAGAACUUCAACUUCAGUUUUUGGAACAAAAGCAAAAAUUAGAAGAAAUAAAAAAUCGCAUGAAGUUCUUCACUAAGGAGAGUGAAAUAGAUGCUGCUGAACUCAGUGAAGCACUGAUGCUCAUAAAGGUGCGCAGGACCCAAGCGAAUGGUGAGUUGGGUUUUCUAGGAAAGGUUGAUGAGAAGAUCCAUGUUGAUGUGGAAAGCUCACUGAAAGAACUACAGGCCACUCAUGUUGAAACCGUGCAAGAGCUGGAGAAGACUAGAAAUAUGCUCAUCAUACAGCACAAGAUCAAUAAAGACUACCAGGCUGAAGUUGAAGCAGUCACACGCAAGAUGGACGACCUGAAGCUGGAGAAUGAACUUAAACAAGAGAAGCUGGCCCAGCUUCUGGACAUGAGAGCUGCCAAGAUAAAGAAACUUGAAGCCCAGUUGAAAGACAUUGCCUACGGAACCAAGACCCACGUCUUCAGACCUGACGUCACAGAAGAUGAUGUGGCUGAUGAGUUUGAUGAAACUGUGCACCUGGCUAGAGGCGAGAAUCUUCUGGAGGUUCACUUGGGCACAGCUCUGUUUAGUCCUGAAGCUUUGGAGAGUCUUGGUGACAAAGACCCGUCAACCUUCUGCACUUAUGCAUUUUAUGACUUUGAACUUCAGUCCACGGCAGUAGUGUGGGGGUCCCAGCCAACCUAUAACUUCACCUCGCAGUAUUUAGUGAAAGUGGAUGAUCUUUUCUUGCACUACCUUCAUAGCAGCUCUGUUACUGUGGAAGUGCAGUUGGCUGAGGGUCUGGCGUACCGCACAAUAGCUGCUGGUCAGCUGCGACCAAGUCAGGUCUUGGAAAGAGAGGGAAAGGUGUUCGGCACCCUGCAGUUGGUUGGUGUUAGUGGGGAGAUCCAGGCAUUUGGCACGCUGGACUACUGGCUCAGACUGAGAGUUCCAAUUGAGCAGGCCAUCCGACUGUAUAAGGAACGAGCCAAAGCACUGGGCUAUCUCAGUUCCAGCCUUCGAGACCAGAGCCAGGCUUCAACAUCAUCAGUCCCGAGCACUUCGUUCAAAAAAGAUGAUAGCCUAAAUGAACUCCAUGUCACGGUACGCUGCUGCAGUAACCUCAGAUCUAGAGGCCCUCAUUCCCAGCCCAACCCGUACGUCAUCUACAAACUGUACGACUUCCCUGACCACGACACGCCAAUCAUUCCUUCUACCUGUGAGCCACAAUUUGAAGACCAUGUGACCUUUCCUGUGGCGAUGAAUGCUGAUCUGGACGCGUAUCUGAGGGCAGAAGCUCUGAUCCUGUAUGUGUUUGAUGAUCUGGACUUGGAGAAUCAGUUAUACCUGGGGAAAGCGAGAGUACCACUUAUAUCUCUGGCCCAUGAUAAGGCCAUUACAGGUAUGUUUGAGCUUGUGGAUUCAGAAGGCGCCGCCAGUGGCUACAUUGAUGUGACUCUCAAAUGGAAGUUGACAUAUUUGCCUCCUCCUGGCUCAGCCAUCAGUGCAGAGGAGCCUAAGUUUAUUACCAAAAAGACUCCAGUGAAACUAGCUGAGGAAGAUGGAAGUGAAAAAGGAGAGCAGGAGAAAGAGCUUCAUUCUUCACCACGUUUAACAGUUUCUGAGAGCCCACUGCCGAAGCCUAGGCUGCGUACCCUUACAAAAACAGCUACUAAAAAGGUUUCAUUCUUUGAAGACACAGAUCCUGAAAUUCAGAUGGGUAAAACUACACCCCCUGGUGGUGAUCAAGAAAAUGCUACUGUCUCAACAGUAAAGACUGUAAAAGUUGCAGAAAUUGGGGAGGCCACUACACUUUCAAGGGAGGAAGAUGAUGAGGAGUCGCAUUUUUCAGAAGGCCAGGUGAUUGCAGUGAGCUCUCAGUCUCUGUCUGAUGAGUCAGAAAUCUCUGAAGAACUACAGGAUCCAGAAGAAGACAUACAGCAGGUGGAAGGCACAGAUCUGAGUGAAUCGAUCCUUUCAGACAGCGAUGACUGCAUUGUGCCUGCUCCGAGCACACAGAGCAGGAAGCGGCCAUUUGAGCGGAUCCGUGUGGAGAUCGUGUCUCUGAGUUUGAAGCCAGACUCCAGGGUCACAGUUGACUCCACUGUGAUCAGGCUGUUUGUGGAGUAUUGUUUCCUGGACCUUCCCACAGUGGAGACACCCCUGUCACUGCCCAAACCACCGCCUGGUCAAAGCAUCUACUACAACUAUAGCAAUGUGAUCCAUGUGGAUGUGGAGAACAACCAGGCCAGGCGCCAUACCCUAAGAGCUGUACUCGAAGGCAGGAACAGGAAGCUAGAGAACAUCAAGUUUACAGUAGUUAGUGACCCACCUGAGGAGGAGGAGCAGGAAAAGGAGUGUGAGGAUGUGGGUGUGGCUUACCUCAGGAUCCCUGACCUUCUAGAGAAGCAGAGAGACAUGAUGGAUGUUAGCCUCAACAUUGUGGAUGUGCAGGACAGCAGUGAAGUGGUGGGCAGUCUGAAGGUGACUGUUGAAGCACUGGAAGCUCUACGAUCCAUCAUGGAGGAUCCCGACCACGACCACACUUCUCUGGCCUAAGCUUCAUUCCAGCAGCUCCAUACUCACACAGACCAUUUUACAGCAUGUAGCUGCAGUCAGGACAGUCAGGUGAAAAAGUAGGGUUUGUUUACAGUGGUGGGUGCGGGUGAAAAAUGUAUAAGCAUUUAAAUUAAAUGGGAAAAAGCAAAACAAGGGGUAAAAGUAGAUUUUCCAAAACACUUCCAGCCUCUCAGCAUUUUGGCAUGUACUCUGUUGAGUGCUGUAAAGGAGUAUUUAAACUUAUUAAAAACAUAACCUUUGUUUAGAUGUUGAGCCUUCAUUUGAUCAUGUAGUUUUUAUUUUGAACCAGUAGUGGGACACAUAAAUGUAUCUGUGUUCAAAAGUUGGGAGAAUAUAGAAUAAUCUAAUUUAAUUUGAACUCUCAGUUCUUUUCUUAACCGUUUACAAAAUUACGACAACAGACCUAAGCAUAUUUAGGUGGGUUUGUGGUUUUCUGGUUGGUGCGCUCAAUACUGCACUCAAGGUGUUUAGUCAAGACUUAGAGGAAGGAGUCUUUGUUUUUUUUUUAUAUUCCCCUCAAAAUGAAGAAGAAAUAAUAACAACAUGUGUGACUAAAGCCCUCUCAAAUGAAUAACAUCACAAGGCAUUGCUUCUUCCCCUUACAGUGGAACCCUGUGUGUCAUGCUUUAAGAUGAUGUGAAUAUGUUUCUGUGACUGCCUCCCUGGGUAUAAGCCCCUAGUGCUCAGUUUGAUGUGGUGAUGAUGUUUAGCGCUUUAAUAACUGUGCUUAAUGAAAAGCCUGUUAAGCCUCAUUAGCCGCUGUGUGCCACACGGCUGUUUUUGUAUUGAAGAAGUGGAAUGGAAUCUAACUGAAUUUAAUGGGAUUUAAUCCAUCUCUUUAAAAUGCUAAUGCCCAUUUUCACGCGCGUUGACUCACAGCACACAUGCUCUCCCUCUGCUGGGUGCUGGUUCUAGCUGUCUAGCGCAGAAAGCACCAGCAGCAGUGGAUUCUUAUGGUCUGACUGGCUUUGGUAAUGAAAGUUUUAGCCUUUACUGUGAGGGCUCUUAGAAUGUGAUUUUAAGUUAAGAGAAUAGUAUUGUAUUUUUAUACAAAUGUAUUUUAUUCGAUUGACGAGAGAUUUGUUUUAGACAUUGUUUUAUAGAAUUUUAUAAGUCAGUAUUUGUUGAUGUAUUUGCUAUUUAUUGGCUGUUUGUAUGGUACCUGGUGGUUUUAUUAAACAUUUGUUUUUUA